UGUUGAUGCCCAAGAUUGAAGAGUGCUGGUGGUAUUUAGUAGUUAUUAUUAUUUUUUUUAACGUGUAAAUGUAUAUUUAAAAGACUAUAAACGUAUAAUCACUUGAUGUUCAGUAGAACAUUAAACAAUUCCUGCCAUGGUUACUAGAACUGCAUUUUAGAUGGAGUAGUAUUAGGCAGUUUGGAAUUAUGUGAAUUUGAAAGUGACAUGAAAACCUAAAAUAGACAGAUGUCAGACAUAAAUGAAGGUAAAUAAGAAGACACCUUGAUAUGGCAGUCCGUGUUGAAGGUCAUUCACAGGUGUCUCAAAGACAGUUUUCUCAGGAAUAUUAGUCAUGGCUGCGGAACCAAAAGGCAUGACAAACGAGGAGGCAGCUGCAUGCUGCGCAGAACCACACGAAUCCACAAAGGAAUUCAUUAUGCAGCAAACAAUGUUUCGAAUUAAGGACCCAAAGGAAUCAUUGGACUUUUACACUCGUGUUAUGGGAAUGCGCUUGCUAAAAAAAUUAGAUUUUCCCUCAAUGAAAUUCUCGCUUUACUUUGUUGGGUAUGAAUCUGCGAAUGAUAUACCUUCAGAUGAAACAGAACGCACUUCGUGGUGCUUCUCAAGAAAGGCUACAGUAGAGCUUACACACAACUGGGGAACAGAAUCUGAUCCAAACUUCACAGGAUAUCACAAUGGGAAUUCUGAACCAAAGGGUUUUGGCCACAUUGGAGUUAUGGUUCCUGAUGUAGAUAAGGCAUGUGAAAGAUUUGAGUCCCUUGGGGUCAAGUUUGUGAAAAAGCCAAAUGAUGGAAAGAUGAAAGGACUUGCAUUCAUUCAAGAUCCAGAUGGGUACUGGAUUGAAAUUUUCAACUCUGGAACCAUUGCAACACUGGUUUAACUCAUAGAAAUGGGUUUAAGUUUUUGGCUUCCAAAUUGUAUUUAUAAAAUUGUUUUAUGAAUGUAUUGUUUGUUAUCCACUACUUCAAUGACUGUUCAUGAAGUCAUGGUUAAAAUUUGAGGCACUUUCUUUUUUUUAGCCAAAAUAUAUUAUUUAAAUGACAUUAAAUACAAGUUUACUAAUGUCAAAAGUUGUC